AUGCGGAUCAUAGAGCUCGUCAUUGACGGCUUCAAGUCCUAUGCCGUGCGCACCGUCAUCGCCGGCUGGGACGAGACAUUCAACGCCAUCACUGGGCUGAACGGAUCGGGCAAAUCAAACAUCUUGGACGCCAUAUGUUUCUGCUUGGGAAUUGGCAAAUUCGAAUUGCUGCGUGCGAGUGGCGGUGCGAGCGAUCUCAUCUACAAGCGUGGUCAGGCCGGCAUCACAAAGGCCUCGGUCACUUUGGUAUUCGACAACAGCGACAAGUCCAAGUCGCCCAUAGGAUUUGAGGAGCACAAAACAAUCAGCGUCACGCGCCAGAUCGUCCUGGGCGGCACCAGCAAGUAUCUUGUCAAUGGACAUCGAGCCCAGCAGCAGACCGUGCAGAACCUGUUUCAGAGCGUGCAGCUGAACAUCAACAAUCCCAACUUCUUGAUCAUGCAGGGAAAGAUCACCAAAGUGCUGAACAUGAAAAGCACCGAGAUUCUUGGCAUGGUGGAAGAAGCGGCAGGCACGCGCAUGUUUGAGGACCGACGAGAGAAGGCGCUCAAGACUUUGGCAAAGAAGCAGACCAAAGUGGAAGAGAUUGAGGGCUUACUGAAGGAGGAAAUCGAGCCUAAGUUGGACAAGCUGCGAAACGAGAAGCGCGCUUUCUUGGAGUUUCAGAGCACACAAAGUGAUCUCGAGCGCUUGACGAAGCUCGUGGUCGCGUACGACUAUGUCAAGACUAAGCAGAAGAUGGAGCAGAGUGCGCAAGAUCUAGCGGCCAAGAAAGAGCGAGCAACACAGCUGGAAGAGAAUGGUGAAAAGCUGCAAAGGGAAAUCGGCGUCCUGGAAGAAGACAAGGAGAAGGUGCGUGCUGCAAGAGAUAAGGAGCUCAGGAAGGGCGGCAAGUUCGCGAAGCUGGAAGACGCUGUCAAGGAGUUUGCCAUUGCUCUGGAGAGAAUAGAUACACAACUCGAGCUGAAGAGAUCAUCUAUGGCAGAGGAGCAGGAGCGAUUGCAAAAAGCGCAGGCGCAGGUCAACGAUCUGGAGAAGCAGCUGAAGCAAAAGACGGCAGCACACCAGAUGCUCCAGCAGAAAUUCGAGGGUGCAAGCAAGGAGCUCGAGGAACUGAAAUCUGAAGUCGAGAAGAAAGAAGAGCUUCUGCAGACUUUGCAAACCGGAAUCUCUUCCAAUGCAGGCUCAGAUGGCGGAUAUGCUGGCCAACUCGCUGCGGCACGCGACAAUGCAAGUAAAGCGGGCACAGAAGUGGAACAGUCUAAGCUGAAGAUCACUCAUCUCGAGUCGCGCAUCAAGGAAGACGAGCCCAGGGCGAAAAAGGCAGAAAAGGAAAAUGCUGGACUGCUGAAAGACAUGGAGUCGCUACGAGCACAAGCCGCGAAACUGCAAAAGGAGCUCGAGAAGUUGGGCUUCCAGCCCGGCAAGGAAGAAGAGCAGCAGGCAGAGAAGGCUCAACUGGAGAAGCGGAUACGCGUCUUGCAGAACGAUGCAGAGCGUAUGCGAAGAGAGAUGAUCAAUAUGGACUUUUCGUACUCAGAUCCGGAACCAAAGUUCGACCGCAGACGCGUCAAAGGGCUUGUCGCACAGCUAUUCAGCCUGCCGGACUCGUCACUUGAAGCUAGCACUGCCCUAGAGAUUUGCGCUGGUGGACGAUUAUACAACAUCGUCGUGGACUCUGCCAAGACAUCUUCUCUGCUCAUCGAUCACGGCAAGCUCAGAAAGCGAGUGACAAUUGUGCCGCUCGACAAGAUCGAUCCGGCUCGCGCACCAGCGGAUCGCGUAGGCAAUGCGCAGAAGCUAUGUCCGAACAUGGUUCAUCUAGCCAUUAAUCUGAUCGGCUACGACCAUGAGAUCGAGAAGGCCAUGGAGUACGUAUUUGGCAACACCUUGAUCUGUGCCAAUGCAGAUACAGCGAAGAGGGUCACUUUCGAUCCAUCUGUGCGACUAAAGAGCGUGACAGUGGAGGGAGACGUAUAUGAUCCAAGCGGUACUCUCUCUGGCGGAUCCGCAGCCUCAGGUGGCGGCGCCCUGCUGAAGCUGCGCAAGCUUAAUGCAAUUACGCAAGAGCUUGAGAGUGAAGAAGCGAAACUUGCUGCGUUGGAGCAGGUCAUGGCUCGCGAUGCGCAGAAGUUGAAGAGCGCGCGUCAAAUGAAGCAGGAAUUGGACCUCAAGACCCACGAAAUCCAGCUUGCAGAGUCUCAGAUUGCCAGCAAUUCGUCAAGUAGCAUCAUUGCUUCGGUGGCCGAGAUGAAGGAGACCAUUGUCGCCCUCAAGGAGAAGAUCCAAUCGGCAAAGAAGCGUCAGACCGAGGCCGAACAAGACGUCAAGCGUGUUGAGAAGGACAUGAAAGACUUUUCGUCCAACAAAGGUGCUAAGCUUGAGCAAUUGCAAGGAGAACUUGAAAAGCUGAAGACUUUACUUUCCAAGACCCAAGCAUCAAUCAAGCCUCUUCAGCAGGAAGUCAGAGAUGCAAGCAUUGAUGCCGAGCAGACUGGCAGCGAUCUCUCAGCCGCGCAAGAAGAGCUCCAUGAUGCCGAGACGACGCUGAAGGGUCACGAUGAAGAGCUUCAAGCACAGUUGCAAGAUCAGAGCAGCACAAAAGAGAAGCAUGCUGAAGCUGAGGCCGAGCUUAACGAUGAAAGAAAGAAACUCGUCUCGUUCGAUCAGGAGAUAGACGAAUUGGACAAGGUGACCAAGAGCAAGACGAAGCAAAUUUCAGACGAGAAGCUUGAGGCUCAAAAACUCGGACACGCCAUCGAUAACUUUGCAAAAGCUCAGCAAUCUGCUUCGCAAUCUGUGCACGGCCUAGAAAAGGAGUAUGAUUGGAUCUUGGAAGAGCAGUCCUCCUUCGGCAGAUCCGGCACUCCUUACGACUGGUCUGGACAAAACAUGAAUGAGUGCCGAUCAAAGCUUAAGAACAUUCAAGAAAGAUUCCAAGGCAUGAAAAAGAAGAUUAAUCCUGCGGUGAUGGCUACCAUCGACUCGGUGGAGAAGAAAGAGGCCAGCUUGAAGCAGAUGAUGCGGACCGUCAUCAAGGACAAGCGAAAGAUUGAGGACACCAUUGAUGAGCUCGAUAAGUACAAGAAGGAGGCUCUUUUCAAGACUUGGUCCAAGGUCAACGAGGACUUUGGCCUCAUCUUCAACGACCUCUUACCAGGCAACACAGCCAAACUCGACCCACCUGAGGGCAAAGAGAUCAGUGAUGGUCUCGAGGUCAAGGUCUGCUUGGGCAAGGUCUGGAAACAGUCUUUGACCGAACUUUCCGGUGGUCAGCGAUCGCUGAUUGCGCUGUCGCUGAUCCUGUCGCUGCUGCAAUACUCGCCUGCACCCAUGUACAUUUUGGACGAAGUCGAUGCCGCGUUGGAUCUUUCGCAUACCCAGAACAUUGGCAGACUGAUCCGCACGAGAUUCCGAGGCAGUCAAUUUAUUGUUGUCAGUUUGAAGGACGGCAUGUUUGCAAAUGCGAACAGGAUUUUCAGGACGCGGUUCAUGGACGGCACGUCGGUGGUACAGGCUUUGACGCCGGCUGAUAUGAAGUAA